UCUGAUCGUGACUUUGUGAAUCGUCCAUUUUCCGCUGAGCCGCCAUAUUGGAUGUGCAGGCUUGACGAAGAAUUUCUGAGAAUAUAAGCGCUUUUACAGCAAGAUGUCAGAUGAUCAAGCUCCAUCUACGGAAAAUGGCGGUGGGGGAGAUGUUGAAACAGUCGAAAAAUCAGAAGAUCAUAAGAAGUUAGUCGAUUUCGGUCUAGAUACAACAGUGGCCGAUGAAUUAGAGAAGCUAUUUCAAGCAAAACUUGUGACUUAUGAUGAUCUGGAUCCUAGAGCCCUAGAAGCAAUAAGAGACUUUCCUAUAGAAUGUGCUAUCGCAGUUCUUAAGCAACUUUUAGCUGACAGCAACUUACAGCAUGUAAAUAAUAAAAGUGCUUAUAUCUGUGGUGUUAUGAAGACUUACAGACAAAAACAAAGCUUAGGCGAGGAUAAACCGGCUGUAACGAAUGGACCAGACGAAAAGAAAUUAAAGGAAAUCCUUGAUCGGACGGGAUAUGCCUUGGAAAUAACAACAGGUCAAAGAAAAUAUGGUGGUCCACCCCCCAGUUGGGAUGGUGGUCCACCUGGCAAUGGGCACGAAUGCUUUGUUGGACGCAUACCUAAAACAGUAUAUGAAGACGAUCUGAUUCCAGUAUUUGAAAAAUUUGGCACCAUCUGGGAUCUUCGACUGAUGAUGAAUCCCAUGCAAGGCUGUAACAGGGGAUAUGCUUUCGUAACAUUCACCACAGCUGAAGCAGCAAGAGAAGCUGCUAAACAAUUAAAUAAUUAUGAAAUUAAACCGAAUAAGAAACUUCAGGUUAAUGUUUCAAUUGCGAAUGUGCGAUUGUUUGUUGGAAAUAUACCAAAAAACAAAUCUCGUGAAGAUAUAUUGGAAGAAUUCAAAAAGUUAACGGAAGGCUUGAGAGAAGUUAUAGUUUAUGCAUUUCCUGAUGAUCCAAAGAAAAAAAAUCGAGGAUUUGCAUUUCUAGAAUACGAUACUCAUAAAUCAGCUUCAGGUGCUAAGAGGAAGUUGGCUAGUGGCAGAAUAAGAGUUUGGGGUAGUGAGAUUAUUGUAGACUGGGCUGAUCCCCAAGAUGAACCAGAUGAAGAGACAAUGGCAAAGGUAAAAGUAUUGUACGUUCGGAAUUUACGGUCGAACGUUACCGAAGAAGAAUUGAAGAAAAUCUUCGAGCCAUUUGGUGAAAUUGAGCGAGUCAAAAAAGUUAAAGACUAUGGAUUUGUUCAUUAUAAAGAACGAGAUAGUACAUUAUCAGCCCUUGAGGCCAUGAAUGGUUACAAACUACAUGAAGUAGAAAUCAAUGUAACUUUAGCUAAACCAGCCAAUGAAAAUAAAGCUCGAGAAAGGAGGAUGAGAAGAGAAAGAGACAAUAAUAUGAAUAUGGGAUAUGAUGAUUAUUAUUCCAGCUAUCCACCUGCUUCUUUCGGACCACCUCCACCAAUGAUGAGAGGUAGGAUAGCCAGAGGAGGUAUGAGGGGUCGUGGUGGUAUGAUGAGACCACGUGAGUUUAGCUUAUUAUUGAGUUUUUUGACAAAAAUAUAUUUCUUUUCUCCUUUCGUCAAAAAAGUCGUAGUCAGCAAGUCGUUGAGUGUAAAUAACUAAUUUUAGUUCAUGAAACAGCUGCUCCAAUGGACUAUUAUGACGAUUACAGUGGGUAUGGCCAAGGCUAUGGCUACGACGAUUAUAGCUCCUACGGGGGCUGUUAUGAAGACUUUUCUGCCGAAUAUUCUCCUCAUCCAGUCACUCCUCAACCUCCUCAUCGUGGUCGAGGAAGAGGUGGACAUCAUGCUCCGGCUCCUCAUGGACCAGUAACGCAGCAGCAGCCUGGCCCCCGUGGUACGCACAGAGGUCGGGUGGCUAUGGGACAGCGUGGCGGGGGCAAUCGUGGCACCAAUAGGGGAGCAAAUCGCGGUGGGGGCGGAGGAUUCGUUGGGCCCCCAGCGUACGGAGGUCGGGGAGGACGAGGACACCUUCAAUCCGGGAUGCGAGGUAUGGCUGCCCCAAAACGUAAGGGCGCUCCUAAUAUGGGAGGUGGUCUAGGGGGGCCGGCUUCGAAGAGAAGACCUCCACCACCAGUUCAGGUGGUGGAUGGUCAUUUUGAAGCGCAGCCUAUUGCACAGCAACCGCUCGCUGUGCAACAGCCGCAACAACAGGCUACUGACGAGUCGUGGUAUCAGGAUUCGUACGACCAACACGAAUGGAAUUAAAAAUUUUUUUAAAUUUAUUUUUUACGAAUUUUUGAAAAAAUUUCACAUCUCUUUCUCAAUUUUAUGUACAUGAUGUUUUAAAGUCAUAAUCACGCCCUACCUGCGAAAAGAGUUACCUGUUUUAGUUAUUUUUGACAACGAAAAAUAUCUGUUCAUUAACGAAUUUUUUGGCUAGAUGUACUGGGAGGAUGGAGGGUGUAAACAGUGGUUUUGUAAAUAUCUCACCUUUUUUCUUUCCUUUUUCACCUAAACUAUCUAGUCACUGUAUCUAUUCUUCACCAAUUGGUCUCUAAAUUUUAUUAUAUACUUAGCCAUUUUCUGUCUAUGGGUGGAUAAAGGGAAUCCUUUAAGAUGAUCAGCUUUAAUUUUGUUUGUUAGUGUCUGAAAGCUAGAUUUUUAAUGCACUAUAUCAAAAAAAACACAUCGAAGAAUUAACCCUUCCAAUGAGAAGAUUUUAUAAACUAGAAAACCUGAUAAACUAUGCAGAAUUUAUUUGGCUUUUUCCAAUUUAACUCUCAAAUCAGUUCUUUAACUGGGCAUGACUUAACUUUUCUAUUAUUUCGCUUGUGUAACAAUGGCAUUCGUGAUAAACUUAAAAUGUUUAUAAUACCACUGUAAAUCCUACCCCCAAAUACAUUUGACCUACAAAUUUUUAUGUAACGUUUUUCUCCUUUGUACAAACUCAUUGUAUAAAAAAAUUUUUUUUUUGAUUUGUCUCAAAUUAUGAUUGUAAUUGAUGCUUUUCGACAAAACUGUUGUUCCCAUAUAAUAACG